AUGCGGUAUUUCCUACUUUUCCUCUUUUUACACCACAUUUAUCAGUUCUUAAUUUUAAUUAGUCUUGAUGUUGCUGCUAUUGGUUGGGCCGUGCUGCGGCCAUCUUUAUCUUUUCCAAGCAUGUUCUUAUAUAACUUAAGUUUGCAGAAGGCAUCUGGUAUCACGCAUGCUAUCAAUGGAAGCUUUUCUGGAACGAAGCAGCAGGAAAUAGUAGUUGCAAAAGGAAAAAUCCUUGAGAUUAUGCGCGUCGACGCAAGUUCUGGCAAACUAUACACUUUGCUUACAACGGAGGUGUUUGGAAUCAUCCGGUCUCUGAUGCCAUUUCGCUUGACAGGUGGUACAAAAGAUUACAUUGUGAUUGGCUCGGAUUCUGGGCGCAUCGUUGUAUUGGAAUACAUCCCCUCCAAAAAUAUAUUUGAGAAAGUACAACAAGAAACUUAUGGUAAAAGCGGAUGUCGUCGCAUAAUUCCUGGACAGUACCUUGCGAUUGACCCAAAGGGUCGAGCUCUUAUGGUAGGAGCUGUUGAAAAGCAGAAGCUUGUCUAUGUGAUGAACCGGGAUUCUCAGGCCCGUCUCACAAUUUCCUCCCCACUUGAAGCUCACAAAUCAAAUACUCUUGUCUAUCACAUGGUUGGCGUUGAUGUAGGGUUUGAGAAUCCUACAUUUGCCUGCAUCGAGAUGGACUAUGAAGAAGCCGAUCAGGAUGCAACUGGUGAGGCUGCAAGGUCUGCUCAUCAGCUGUUAACCUACUACGAAUUGGAUCUUGGACUCAAUCACGUUGUGCGCAAGUACUCUGAACCUCUAGAGGAGCAUGCUAACUUC